AUGGAUGAAAGUUUUACAAAAGUUGUAGUACAUUGGCUACUUAAUAAUAUCAAUAAACUCAAAGAUUUCACAAAUGAUGAAUUUGAAGAUUAUGAAUUGAAACUAAAAUUAGGUCAAAUUAUCAAUAAAGAAUCUGGCAUUAGGAUCAGAAAGAACAAAACUUGCAUCGUGAGAAGGAACAAUUAUAGUAAAUUUGAAAUGAAAAUUUUCAAACCUAGCUGGGAUAAAUGUAGAGAAUACUUGGAUAAACUAGUAGAUGAAGAGAAUGAAGAAAUUAGCAAAAUUAUUAGGUUGCAAGAUUUCGAAAAAACUGACUUGAUCUAUACAGCCAAGAUGGAAAAAAAAAAUGAAUUUCCAAAUAUUGCUGCUUACCUAAAUGACGAGGGAGUUUAUAAAGCUUCCUUGAAAAAAAAUCUCCUUGACUGUGUAAUACAUAUUCCAAGUUUCAAAUACGAUAUAAGGAUUACACUAUGUAAAAUAGUCCCAAUGCCUGACGAAGAAUUAUCAAAAAUAAUGGAAGAAAAUAAACCAAGAUUCCAAAGAAGUAAAAAGAUAUCUCAUUGGAGUUGUCAAUCAAUUUCUACUAAAUUUGUCACGACUAAGGUCCAUGAGGGUAACAGUUUAAAAAAAAAUAGACAUGGUCAUUUUAGUAUAAAAAAUCCUAACAAAUUUGAACUUAGAUUGGAUAUUCUUGAUAACAAUAUUGGUAAUUUAUUAAAACAGUAUCAUUCAGAAGAAGCAAACGUAUUUGAAGAAUUACUGAAUAUUUUAAAUGGUCCAUUGACCGAAGCAUUUAAUUUGAAUGAAAAAAUAUCAACAUUUUGA